AUGUCAAAACGCAUAUCAGCGGACGAGCUCAUUCAAAUCUUCAAACGCUUAGACAAAGACGGAAACGGUGAAGUGACAAGAGAGGAAUUGGAAAAAGGCUUGCUUGCAGCCGGAGUGCAUGCCAAUAGUAUUCAGGAUGGUUCUGGAUCCCUAGAUAAAUAUGAACUCAAGGCAAUGUUUGACGAAAUGGGUAUGCCCAUCAAUCUUUCCGUCCUUGAGGCCUGGAUCGAUGAUCAUGAUGUAAACGGAGACGGAAAGCUCACUUACGAGGAAUUUCUCGGAUUUAUCGCGGAACAAGCGGAUUAG